CAAGUAUUUAUUUAUCUAGUUUAGUUUUUUUUUUUCAUUUUGUUAGCAAAAUCCUUAUCCACACUCCUUACCAGUUGGUGGCGGUAACGCACCAUUAAGUUGUUUGCCAACCGCCAAUAAACAACACAAGAAGAAGAAGAAGAAUCAUGUCACAGCGGGAGCUGCUUCUAAACUCGGAACGGAGUAAGGGAGCUUUCACUGAAGAGAGACGGAGUAGAAGUCGACUCGGACUGGUCCUCACAGGGGUUGUUGGAGGCUCACUGGUCGCUCUUUACGCGGUGGCUGCUCCAUUUGUCGCCCCUGCCCUCAGAACAGUCUGCCUCCCAUUUGUCCCAGCCACCACGGCUCAGGUGGGGAACGUCCUCAAGGUGCUGCGGACCAGAUCAGGGACUCUGGUGGACAUUGGAAGCGGAGAUGGAAGGAUAGUGAUAGCAGCAGCAAAGUGUGGAUUUCAGGCAUCCGGUUUAGAACUGAACCCCUGGUUGGUUUGGUAUUCUCGCUACAAGGCCUGGAGAGAGGGGGUUCAUCGCUCCACUUCCUUUCACAUCUCUGAUUUGUGGAAGGCUAGCUUUGCUCAGUAUUCCACUGUUGUAAUUUUUGGAGUUCCUCAAAUGAUGGAUCAGCUGGAGCUUAAGCUGGCAAGUGAGCUGCCAAGUUCAGCAAAGGUGGUUGCCUGUCGCUUCCCCUUUCCCACAUGGGUUCCUGAAAGCACUGAAGGGGAAGGCAUAGACACUGUGUGGGUGUAUGAUGCCAAAACAUUUCAAUCAGAUCUGCACAGUGGAAAGACAAGGAACAUGUCAUUAGAGGAUAAACCAGAUCCACACACAAGAUUGCUCAGCGUUUUCUAGAGCUGCAUGGGCUACAGAUUUUCAUUGUUUUUGGUUUAUCUUUAUAUAUUUUUUUAUUUUUGCAUUUUAUGCAAUGAUAUGUGUCUGAUUUUUUUCAUUUUAUAUUAUAUAGUUUAGUAGCCUGUUAAUACUCAUGCUUAAUAGGUGAAAACCUGCUUUAAAUAAAACUAAUCAUAAAUUA